AUGAUGUGGCUUAGUGUCCUCGGAGCGUUAGCUCUGACGUGCAUAUGCGCUGUAGAGAGAGCGUUUGCGCGUAUGCCGGCUGAGAGGCCUCCCGCCCCGGUCCGGACAUUUACUGGGAAAAGCAAUAUGCGAGAGUAUAAGGUGUCCGUGGAGAGGGUGACCUUAGACCAACCCCACGAAGUCAACUUCCUUUGUGGUCAAAAUGAUGCCGCGCACUUUGGCGGAGAGUUUACGCUGUACCCCAGCGACCCCAUGACGAAAACCUUGUUGCCGCUCGAGGGUGACGACCUGGAGGACGCGAUCUCCAAGGAGGUCCUGCUGCGCAACAUUUCUCGCAGUACCAUGUUGCGCAUUCAGACGAGCAAUCACCGGGGUCCGGGCAGCUUCGUGAAGGUCAUGUACCCCGUCAACGCCCUCAUCAUGGCCAAAGACCCUCAGAACUUCAGCCUCAACUACGCCUGCAAGUACCAGCCCCGUGAUAAGAGACAGCCACCAUUCUACCGCUGGCUCGAGGUCAAGUUCAAAUACGUUUAUCCCAUGGCAUACGGAUGCGCAAGCGGAAACGACAUGCUCUUCAAGAACUCGGUUUUUAGAGAGGAUAAUUAUAUGAAUAGGGCAAAAUCUUCAUACUGUGCAAUAAGUGCGGAGCCUAAUUUGCUCUUCGGUAUAUACUGCAAACCUGGUGAACGUUUGUCUCCUGAGGAUUGCGUUCCAGAAAUUAAGUUAUAUAGAAUGCAGGGGCUGCUUGUGCGCUACGAAUUAAAUGACCAGGAUGCAGCAGCUAUACCGGGUUACGAUGUGCCGUCGAGGCUCAAGCUGUUCAAGAUUUCGCCAGCAGCAAUGGACAAGGAAUUUUAUGUAAACUGCAGGUGCAUUGGCGCUGAUGGAUAUGGUAAACAACUCUAUCUAAAUAACCACGUCAACGUUGAAAUGAACCCUCUAGCAACUCUUACGGCUCGCAAAGAGGGGUUUCAAACUUCAUUCGAAGUGAUGAAUGUGUUGAGGCCCGGCAAAAGAUUCGAAAUUACGGUACCUCGUAAUGGAUGGGGAAAUUUAGGAUAUCUAGGGCGCGUCAAAUCUUACCUGCAUCCUGAAGAUCCGAAGCAAUAUGUACAAGUAGGAAUACGUACUCAAGACUACCCAGAGCGUAUGUAUAAGUUCAUUGGUGCUAAAAACCUUUCAAUAACGCAACAAGACAAUCCCGGUAAACGAACGUAUACUAUUAAUUACAGGAAGGAUGCGGUUGUAGUUCUGAAAUCUUCUAUACCGUUUAUGCAUUACAGGUGGGAAGCAAAUGGAAGCCAUGGACCUCAGCCAGUGAAGGUAUCGUUCAAAAUGGAUGUUCCCCUAAUGCCGACUGACCCUUACACAUACGGUUGUGGUGUGGACAGCCUGCAUCUGUUCCACUACGAGGGUUUCGAGCUGCAUCAGGGGGAUAAUGCCGACGAGGUUGCUUGCAGGCUAAACCCGCACGUGGUGAGCCCCGUUGGGUUUUAUUGUCCCAAGGGAUUCAAGUUGGAGCCGGCUGACUGCUUCCGUGAGAUGCUGCACAAGGAGUCUGGCCGCGUUGUGCAGCUCGCCGACUACGCGCCGCACGCCAGGCCGCUGGACGGCACGUACAUCCGGGUGUUGGACUUCCACGUACCCCAGCGCAUGAGUCACCUAGUCAGGUACUCGAACGACGAGCUCUCGUGCCGGUGCCUCGACGCGCAGGGAAACGUACGCGCCUCCAUCACCCUCGAUCUGCGCAAGCCGACGGUCGAGGAAAAGGCUCCCGACACUUCGGCGCUCUCAUCACUUCCCGCAAAAUAG